AUGGUCAAAACAUCACAAAAAUUAUUAUUAAUUAGUGGAGCCGAAAAUAAAAGUAAUUUUGGAGAUACAACAACAACAACUUCUAGUUUAACAACAACAUCAACAAUUAAUAAUUCUUUUAAUCAACAAUUCCAAAUUAUUAAAAAUCAGGAGUUUCUUUUAUACAAAUCUUUACACAAACUUUGUUUUCAAUUAUUGCUAGUUGUUGAAAAAUUUAUUGAAAUGUGUUUGUCUGUUCAGAAUUUUAAUAAUUCUCAGGAGUCAGAUUUAACCCCAGCAGUAGCUUCUCUCCAAAAAGAAUUGCUUUCACAUUUAUCAACUUCAUCCUCUUUAGAUUCUUUUAAAACUUCAAAUUUAAGUUUAGAAGGAGGGGGAGGAGGGGGGAAUACUUGUUGUAGUAAUUCUUCUUCAAUUAUAUCAAAACAACAAAAUUUUGAUUUAAAUCAGUCUAGAGAUGUUUUAAUGUUACACACAACAAAUAAACAAUUUAGAAAUGCUUUUGGGAAAUUGACACAAUUGAGGUAA